AUGUCGACCAAACAAGAGUCUCUCAUCGAGUGGGUCACCAAGCUCAACGACACUCUCUUUAUUCAACCCAACAACGAAAUCGCAAUCAAGGCUAUAGAUGAGCAGGUUGAUCCAAGCCUAGUCACCAAAAUCAAUCACAACGUAUACACCUACGACCAGUUCAAAGGAGCUCUCCCGUACGUUCGCAACACUACUACAGCAGUUCAAGACGAAUUCUCCGAGAUUCUUACAUGGGAGGAUCCAGAGAAAGGGGAUGGUGUGGUGGCGGUUUUGAGUAAAUGGAGAACUAAGCAUAAGGAAACCGGCGAGGAGACAAAGAAGACUAAUGUGAUUCUCUGGGAGGUUAAACUGAUUGAUGGCAAGAGGAAGCUUACCGGACAGACUGAAGUGGAGGUAAACUAG